AUUUAUUUGUGGUUGCUAAUUCCAUUGUGCCAAACGUCUUCAAGUAAUGCAUGUCCCGAGGAGAAAUAACUUCUAGAGCAGUUUUAUCAAGACCCAAAGAAUCAACAGCGAAUUUAGACGAAUUUAGAGUAUGUUGCGCAUGUUUUUCACCCAAAUCACAACAUUUGAUUCACGAAAGAAACGUUAUAAUUUAAAAUUGUUUAAAUAAAUGGCUCAGGGCUGGAUCUAGACUGAUUCAACUGAUUCUUUGGACUUUAGACUGAUUCGAGGCCUUUGCUUGCUUUAGCGUGUGAUCUCUUGUACACAUCUCUCGAACCGAAAUCUUGAAAUAAAAAGCAAAGCAUGGCUUCACAAAAUGCAGACGUUUCUCGUAAAGAGCCUGUCUGCCGAAAGAAGGAGUGUUAUCCUUUUGAUUAUGGUGUAGAAUUUCAUCGAAUUCAGAUCCCUAGAAGUUGGAAUUAAUGAUGAAAGUGUGGCGACCGGACGAUAGCUCUUCCGAAUUCUCUAUGAGUAAUGGCAAUGGAAAGUGGUCGCCUUCAUGCAAGAUUACGGAAAUGUUCUAUUGUAUAACGGCUGCCAUAGACGGCGAUAAACAAGUAACUCUGAUAAGACUUAACGCCCGUCUGCCUGCUCAGCGUGCAUCAGGCAAAUUACACUUCAAUCGGAGAAACGUCCGGGAAAUGUUAAGUAACCACAAGAAUGUGAAUGCAAGUGCAGAGGCUCAAGAGGCAAAAAAUAUAUGUAUCCAAUGGCAAAGACGAAAACCUGAAUGGUGCAAAAGACAACUUGGUGGGCGACAGCGGCAUGCGCAGGAGAUACGAGAUCGUCAACUUGCUAUCGACGAGGCCUUUAAAUACCCUAGCCCUUACGAGAACGAAGACCAAGAUUCCAAGAAUCAGACAUCCGUUAAAUAACUUUAGAUUAUGCUUUUACAGAACUAAGGGUAUACGGGGGUAGAUGUUCUCAAUAUAUGUUAUAUUUUUGUGGAAUAAACAAUGUGUUUAUCCAUA